UGAACACCUAACACCGCUCGUUUGCACAAAAUUAAAACAUCAAAGUUAAAGCAAAAUAAAUUAUGAUAUGUGUCGAAUAUUUGAGGUGUACCGUUCUCAUUGUUUUGACAAUGAAUAUCUGUGCACAAAAGACAAAAAGUGACACAAUGUUGAAUGCAAAAAAUGUGAAUGGACCAUUACAAAACAUUCAGAAAACACAGAGUAUUAAACAAGAGACAUCGCUAAACUCAAAUGAUAAGAAUAUUAUGGAAUUAAAUGCAUAUAAUUCAGUUACCUUACUACCAAAUAGAAGUGUUUGCGGACUAUUAUCUGACGAAGAAAGAAUUUUUGGCGGCGAAAGUACUGAUAUUGAUGAAUUUCCGUGGCUCGCGAGAAUAAAAUAUGUAUUGGACAGUGGUAAGGAAGUUUAUGCAUGCGCGGGUUCAUUAAUUACUCAAAAUUAUGUCUUAACAGCAGCCCAUUGUGUCGUCAACUUAACUAUAAAAGAAGUAAGACUAGGGGAUUGGAACACAGAAACGGAAACUGAUUGCCAGGGUAGAGUUUGUAGUGAUCCUGCUGUUGAUGUCUCAGUAAGCCAAGUUAAGAUUUUCCCUGAAUAUAGGAAAUCUGACACCUUUAAAGGUGACGUAGCGUUACUGCGACUUCAAAAACCAAUUUAUUAUAGCGAUUUCGUUCGGCCAAUAUGUUUACCUAUAACAGAUGAUACCAUCAGACAGGAUAAUUCUUCCAAAAGCAUUUAUUGGACUGCUGGUUGGGGGAAAACUGAAAAUGAAAACAAAGCAAAUAUAAAACAGAAACUGGCGAUAAGCGCUGUGCCUAUAGGCGAUUGUCGCAAUAAACAGCCAAUAAUUACUGAUAAAACUGCACCAUUUGUUAUUUGCGCUGGUGGUGUGGCUGGCAAAGAUACCUGUGUGGGUGAUUCAGGGGGAUCACUAGUCAAACAAAUGACAAUAAAUAAAACUACAAACUGGUUUCUUGUUGGAGUUACUAGUUAUGGAUACAGGUUCUGUGGUAGUGAAGGAAGACCAGGACUAUAUGCUAGAAUAACACCUCUUCUCCAUUGGAUUCUAAACAACAUAGAGGAUUGAGAAUAAAAAU